AUACAGAGUUAGAAGAGAUUCUUUUGAUACCUAUAAUCAUAGUUCAAAUCAGUAAAAAUGGCCGGUCUCAGAUCUUAUGAAUUAAGAACCAAAUCUAAGGAACAAUUAGAACAACAAUUGGUUGACUUAAAGAAAGAAUUAGCCAACUUAAAGGUUCAAAAAUUACAAAAACCAACCUUACCAAGAAUCCACACCGUCAGAAAGAACAUUGCUAGAGUCUUAACCAUCAUUAACUUGAACCAAAGAGAAUCUGUUAGAGCUUUCUACGCUGGUAAGAAAUACCAACCAAAGGAUUUAAGAGCUAAGAAAACCAGAGCCAUCAGAAGAAGAUUAACCAAAUUCGAAUCUAAGUUAGAAACCGAAAAGGCUAGAAAACAAAGAAUUGCUUUCCCACAAAGAAAGUUUGCUAUUAAGGCUUAAAUUAACUAACCCAUUCGUAUCAUAUUUCAUAAUCCUUCUCAUCCCAUCCAUGUAUGUUAUAUAGCAUAUCUUGUUUAAUAUAAAAUAUCUUUUAACGUUUA